AUGUCCAGCAGAGCUGUGAAGAACACCAGCUACUCUGUGAGGUCCUCCUCUGCAGUCAUGGGCUGCCCUCAGAACUUCAGCAGCAGCUCCUACUCCGGCGGCUAUGGCGGCAGCGGCAGACAGAGCUACAGCGUCCGCAGCUCCUACGGUGGCGUUGGUAGCAGCGGCGGGGGCGUUGCAGCAGGUGGUUAUAGGGUAGUUGUGGCUGGGGGGUCCGGGCAAAGAAGAGGUGUGAUGGAGUUUGGGUAUGCGGGCAUGGGUGUUGGCGGUGGUAUGGGGAUGGGGGGUGGGAAGAUGACCUGUACGGGACCCCCUCAAAUCACAGCUGUUCAGGUGAACAAGAGCCUGCUGGCCCCCCUGAACCUGGAGAUUGACCCCAACAUCCAGGUGGUCCGCACCCAUGAGAAGGAGCAGAUCAAGACACUGAACAACCGCUUUGCCUCCUUCAUCGAUAAGGUCAGUUCCUCAUGUGUUCCUAUCACAACAGGGUCAAAUGCAUAGUGCAUGCCAAAUACUUUCAUACACAUGAGGUGAGCUUGAUUUAGCUCAUCUGGUACAAUGGGGCCAAUGGAGUGGUCCCAAAAGUGCAAUGUCCACCCACUCUGCACCGUGGUCAAGCUAAAUCAAACACACCUCAGGUAUAUUAUAGCAUUGGACAGUAAAAUACCUGACACAGGUCUGGUUUGUAUUAACUUGGUAUUUGAAGGGAAAGAUUAUCUUGUGAGUUCGGUAAUCUGUUUUGGAAUUUCUAUGUUACCUAUAAGCAUUGCCUUACCUUCAUCGAAUAAUCUCCCUGCUUUAGUCAAUCAUAACUGAAUGUACAUUAUGUACAAAACUAUGGACAUAAAUUAAACUGUAAAUAUGUGACUAAUUGCAUACUAUUGCAUACUAAGCAUAUAAGACAAACUUGGUUAUUAACAGAUUAAAAUUGGCAUCACCAAACUCCCUCAUUGAUCACUACCCUCUUACUAAAAGAGAGAGAGUGGAAAGGGUGUAGAUAGAGAUACGGCCAGAGACAGACCACAAGACGAGGUUGGUUGUAUGAAUACAGGGUUUGCUGUUCGGAAACCCCUUCUAGACAUUAGUAACUGACUCUUAAAUCCACAAAACAAUCUUUCUUGUCAGUAGAAUUUGUAGGCAACUAGGGAUUUGUUGUUGGGCAGGGAUCCAUCUUGUCACAGGAUCCUCUCUUGCUCAAUGUGCCAUUGUCCCAUAGGCCUACACACUCAAACAGGAAAUGGCAGAUUCACUGUCAGAUAUAUCAGCCCAUUCAUGCACAGGGCUUAUCAACUGUCAAUUAUCUCUACAAUGAUUACAUGCUUCAACCAUCCCUUAUUGUUUUACCUACCUUAAUGGGGCCCCUUAUUUCUAAAGAACCAAAUAACUCAAGGAUCAAUGUACAGCUUAAGCCAUAAAUCGGUUAUGUUUACCGCCAGGUUAACCUUAUCUAUGUGUGGCAUUCUACCCCUCUCCACACCUUAGCGAUGCACACAUCUGCUCUCUCUCCUCCUUGCUUGUUGUGUUUGAGUGGAACCCCACCCAGGGGCAGGGGGACAAAAGACAAAACUUGAACAACAUGAAUCAUGUGUGUAACUUUGUUUCAGAAACAGUACCACAUUGUGCUGAAACACGGACACACAUUGACACACAUUUGUUUGUUGGACAUUCUUUAGCCUAUACAUCCAUUCACACUUUUGCUAUAUCCAUUCAUGCGCAUUCAUUCAUUCAUUUGUUUGUUCAUACCUUCCUUCCUAUCCUCCCUCCCUCCCUCCCUACCUCUCUCCCUCCCUCCCUCCCUCCCUCCCUCCCUCCCUCCCUCCCUCCCUUCCUCCCUUCCUUCCUUCCUUCCUUCCUUCCUUCCUUCCUUCCUUCCUUCCUUCCUUCCUUCCUUCCUUCCUUCCUUCCUUCCUUCCUUCCUUCCUUCCUUCCUUCCUUCCUUCCUUCCUUCCUUCCUUCCUUCCUUCCUUCCUUCCUUCCUUCCUUCCUUCCUUCCUUCAUCCAUUCAUUCACAAGUUUCAAUCAAUGACACGGAUCAUUUCCCUUUUGUCCCUGCAGGUGCGUUUCCUGGAGCAGCAGAACAAGAUGCUGGAGACCAAGUGGAGCCUCCUGCAGGACCAGACUACCACCCGCUCCAACAUCGACGCCAUGUUCGAGGCCUACAUCUCCAACCUGCGCAGACAGCUGGACGGCCUGGGCAACGAGAAGAUGAGGUUGGAGUUGGACCUGCACAACAUGAAGGGUCUGGUGGAGAACUUCAAGACCAAGUGAGUACUUUCUUCAUAUUAUAACGUCUUGACAAGAAGGGUUCAUUGGGCCUGAAAAGGUCAUUAGCAUUAGCAUGCUAUUUUGGAAAAGUUGCACUACUGUACAAAUCUGGGUCUCAAAUCCAGUAUUAUGAUUUCAAGACGCUUUUCUUUUUGAUUAAAUACACAUUUUAAUCCUAAACAUGAUUUCAUUUUAAGCUUGUCAGAAAUGUUUCUUGUUUGAUUUAAAGGCUUGCUCUAUUCUCCUCUCUCAGGUAUGAGGAGGAGAUCAACAAGCGUAACGAGUCUGAAAACAACUUUGUUCUCCUGAAGAAGGUCAGUAGACUAAAUAAUUCUAGAAGCCUCCCUACAUGCAUAACUUACAGUGCAUUGUUACUUUACCUCAACAUCAACAAAUUGGCUGAAGUAGAAAAGUACAUUUACAUUUUAGUAGUCUAAAAAUUUAGUAGUCUAAAAAUUGUUUACAACAAUUAUAGCUUCUGAGGUGGAAGUUGGGAGAGUUAUAUUUGGGUGUUUCAGUGAAACGUAAGUGAGGGAGGCCACGCUCUCUCGCUUUCCCAGAUGUUUAGUUCAUUUCAUUCCGAUCUCCUUUGCAUUGUUGUAGCCAUUUUCUGUAGCCUGUCAACUAUGCCUCUGUCUAUCCCUGUUCUCUCCUCUCCGCACAGGCUAAACAAACACCUCACACCGCGUGGCUGCUGCCUCUCUAACCUGGUGGUCCCUGCACGCACGACCCACGUGGAGUUCCAGGUCUCCGGCAGCCUCUGGAACUGCCGUUCUGCGGCCAACAAGGCAGAGUUCAUCUCAGCCUAUGCUACCCUCCAGUCCCUGACGGAAACAUGGAUUACCACUGAAAACACUGCUACUCCUACUGCUCUCUCCUCGUCUGACCAUGUGUUCUCGCAUACCCCGAGAGCAUCUGGUCAGCGGGGUGGUGGCACAGGAAUCCUCAUCUCUCCCAAGUGCACAUUCUCUCUUUUUCCCCUGACCCAUCUGUCUAUCUCCUCAUUUGAAUUCCAUGCUGUCACUAGCCCAUUCAAGCUUAACAUCCUUGUAAUUUAUCGCCCUCCAGGUUCCCUUGGAGAGUUCAUCAAUGAGCUUGACAAGUUCCUUUCCUGAGGAUGGCUCACCCCUCACAGUUCUGGGUGACUUCAACCUCUCUACGUCUACCUUUGUCUCAUUUCUCUCUGCCUCCUUCUUUCCACUCCUCUCCUCUUUUGACCUCACCCUCUCACCGUCGCCCCCUACUCACAAGGCAGGCAAUACGCUUGACCUCAUCUUUACUAGAUGCUGUUCUGCUACUAAUCUCACUGCAACUCCCCUCCAAGUCUCCGACCACUACUUUGUAUCCUUUUCUCUCUGGCUCUCCUCCAACACUACUCACUCUGCCCCUACUCAGAUGGUAAUGCGCCGUCGCAACCUUCGCUCUCUCUCUCCCGCUACUCUCUCCUCUUCCAUCCUAUCAUCUCUUCCCUCUGCUCAAACCUUCUCCCUCCAAUCUCCUGAUUCUGCCUCCUCAACCCUCCUCUCCUCCCUUUCUGCAUCCUUUGACUCUCUAUGUCCCCUAUCCUCCCGGCCGGCUCGGUCCUCCCCUCCUGCUCUGUGGCUUGACGAGUCAUUGCGAUUUCACAGAACAGGGUUCCGGGCUGCCGAGCGGAAAUUGAGGAAAACUAGACUCCCUGCGGACCUGGCAUCUUUUCACUCCCUCCUCUCUACAUUUUCUUCCUCUGUUUCUGCUGCUAAAGCCACUUUCUACCACUCUAAAUUCCAAGCAUCUGCCUCUAACCCUAGGAAGCUCUUUGCCACCUUCUCCUCCCUGCUGAAUCCUCCUCCCCCUCACCCCCCUCCUCCCUCUCUGUGGAUGACUACGUCAACCAUUUUGAAAAGAAGGUUGACGACAUCCGAUCAUCGUUUGUUAAGUCAAAUGACACUGCUGGUCCUGCUCACACUGCCCUACCCUAUGCUUUGACUUCUUUCUCCCCUCUCUCUCCAGAUGAAAUCUUGCGACUUGUGACGGCCGGCCGCCCAACAACCUGCCCGCUUGACCCUAUCCCCUCCUCUCUUCUCCAGACCAUCUCCGGUGACCUUCUCCCUUACCUCACCUCGCUCAUCAACUCAUCCUUGACCGCUGGCUAUGUCCCUUCCGUCUUCAAGAGAGCGAGAGUUGCACCCCUUCUCAAAAAACCAACACUCGAUCCCUCUGAUGUCAACAACUACAGACCAGUAUCCCUUCUUUCUUUUCUCUCCAAAACUCUUGAGCAUGCCGUCUUUAGCCAACUCUCUUGCUAUCUCUCUCAGAAUGACCUUCUUGAUCCAAACCAGUCAGGUUUCAAGACUGGUCAUUCAACUGAGACUGCUUUUCUCUGUGUCACGGAGGCUCUCCGCACUGCUAAAGCUAACUCUCUCUCCUCUGCUCUUGUCUUUCUAGACCUGUCUGCUGCCUUUGAUACUGUGAACCAUCAGAUCCUCCUCUCCACCCUCUCCGAGUUGGGCAUCUCCGGCGCGGCUCACUCUUGGAUUGCGUCCUAACUGACCGGUCGCUCCUACCAAGUAGCGUGGCGAGAAUCUGUCUCCGCACCACGUGCUCUCACCACUGGUGUCCCCCAGGGCUCAGUUCUAGGCCCUCUCCUAUUCUCGCUAUACACCAAGUCACUUGGCUCUGUCAUAUCCUCACAUGGCCUCUCCUAUCAUUGCUACGCAGACGACACACAACUAAUCUUCUCCUUUCCCCCUUCUGAUAACCAGGUGGCGAAUCGCAUCUCUGCAUGUCUGGCAGACAUAUCAGUGUGGGUGAUGGAUCACCACCUCAUGCUGAACCUCGGCAAGACGGAGCUGCCCGUUCCAUGAUCUCGCCAUCACGGUUGACAACUCCGUUGUGUCCUCCUCCCAGAGUGCGAAGAGCCUUGGUGUGACCCUGGACAACACCCUGUCGUUCUCCUUUAACAUCAAGGCGGUGACCCGAUCCUGUAGGUUCAUGCUCUACAACAUUCGGAGAGUACGACCCUGCCUUACACAGGAAGCGGCACAGGUCCUAAUCCAGGCACUUGUCAUCUCUCGUCUGGAUUACUGCAACUCGCUGUUGGCUGGGCUCCCUGCCUGUGCCAUUAAACCCCUACAACUCAUCCAGAAUGCCGCAGCCCGUCUGGUGUUCAACCUUCCCAAGUUCUCUCACGUCACCCCGCUCCAACGCACACUCCACUGGCUUCCAGUUGAAGCUAGCAUCUGCUACAAGACCAUGGUGCUUGCCUACGGAGCUGUGAGGGGAACGGCACCUCCGUACCUUCAGGCUCUGAUCAGUCCCUACACCCAAACGAGGGCAUUGCAUUCAUCCACCUCUGGCCUGCUGGCUCCCCUACCUCUGUGGAAGCACAGUUCCCGCUCAGCCCAGUUAAAACUGUUCGCUGCUCUGGCACCCCAAUGGUGGAACAAGCUCCCUCACGACGCCAGGACAGCGGAGUCACUCACCACCUUCUGGAGACACUUGAAACCCCACCUCUUUAAGGAAUACCUGGGAUUGGAUAAAGUAAUCCUUCUACCCCCCCUUACCCCACCCCAAAGAAAGAAAAAAAAUAAACAUAUUGUAAAGUGGUUAUCCCACUGGCUAUAAGGUGAAUGCAUCAAUUUGUAAGUCGCUCUGGAUAAGAGUGUCUGCUAAAUGACGUAAAUGUAAAUGUUAUCCAGAGCGACUUACAGGAGCAGUUAGGUUUAAGUGCCUUGCUCGGUUACUGGCCCAACCUGCCACCCUACAUGAACCUAGAUAUGUUCUGCUUUCUCAGGAUACAGAUGCUGCAUACAUGGCCAAGAUGGAGCUGGAGGCCAAGCUGGACUGUCUCACUAAUGAGAUUGAGUUCCUCAGGAGUAUCUAUGAUAUGGUAAUGUACCAUGUCCAUACUGCAAUGGGAGAGACUGACAGAAAAUAUUUGAAGGACUAGCCUAUGCUGUAGAUUCCAUUGGAUUUGGAAUCAAUUGUGUGAAGAGUAGAUGCCGGUUGAAAUCUAAAGGUUUCUUUUCAUCCUCUCUUGGUUCUUCAGGAGCUGCGUGAGCUGCAGUGCCAGAUCAAGGACACCUCUGUGGUGGUGGAGAUGGACAACAGCCGUAACCUGGACAUGGACUCCAUUGUCGCUGAAGUGCGCGCCCAGUAUGAGGACAUCGCCAACCGCAGCAGAGCUGAGGUCGAGACAUGGUACACACAGAAAGUAAGCCCUUUCCCCUGUGAGGCCCCCGAAACCCCUCACACCUCCGUAACCUUUUCGAGAUUCAAUAUUGGCUGUGCUCCAAUGUCCAUACUUGCAUAUCACUGAGAAUGGAUGUCCUAAAGAGGAUGCUGGUGGGAGGAGUUGUAGGAGGAUGGGCUCAUUGUAAAGACUGGAAUGGAAUAAAUAGAAAGGUAUCAAACACAUCAAACAUAUGGAAACCACAUAUUUGACUCCGUUCCAUUUAUUCCAUUCCAGCAUUGCAAUGAGCCCGUCCUCCAAUAGCUCCUCCUGCCAGCAUCCUCUGAUGUCCAAUGCCUAAGUGGUAUGCUAAUGUAGAUACUAGAACAGAACCAGAACCAGAGCACUCUGCUUUGAGGCAACCAUUAUAACCAUAAAAUCUUAAGUUCUAUAGUUUGGGUGACAGUUACCUCAGGGAGGAUCUCUGAGGGAGGAUAAUGUCACUGUGUGAGAUUAUGAUUCGCUAACCUCCACCUCAUCAUUGUAACUAUACAUUGGGAAACCCUCGCGAUUACCAAAGCAACGGUGUAAACAAAGGAUAUUUCUACCGUUUCAGGUAUCCACUCUGCUAGCUACAUGGACUUCACUGUUAUGUUAUGUCUCUAUGUUUCUGUAACAGUAUGAACAGAUGCAGGUGUCAGCCAGCAAGUAUGGGGACGACCUGAAAAACACCAAGGCAGAGAUCGCAGAUAUGAACCGCAAAAUCAUAAGAUAUCAGUCUGAAAUUGACAUGAUGAAGGGUCAGGUGAGUGUCUCAUACUGUAUGUAUCUCAGUCAAUAUGUAACAGAAGUGCCAUGUUAUCGAACACCCCUAGUGUGGAUAGACUCUCUGCUAUUCAGUGGUAGGUUCAACAACAUUUACAAAUAGGAACACAACUAAAAAUAAAAAAAUUCUGACAACAGCGCACCCACCUGGAGAACCAGAUUGCUAAGGCAGAGGCGUGCGGUGAGCUGGCGGUGAAGGAUGCCAAGCUUCGCAUCAACGAUCUCGAUGUGGCCCUGCAGAGAGCCAAGCAGGACAUGACCAUGCAAGUCCGCCAGUACCAGGAGCUGAUGAACGUCAAGCUGGCCCUGGACAUUGAGAUCGCCACCUACAGGAAGCUGCUGGAGGGAGAGGAGAGCAGGUAGGAGACGUGGGCCCUGCCCAAAUGAAGUGGCUGCCUUCACUCUUUCCCUCAGAUCUGAUCUGAGUUAGGCUUUCAUUUAAUGUUCUUUUAGAUUAGUGAGUAGUCACGGGAAGUAAGGAGGAAAGCAUUCACACAUGAGAGCAUUAAAACAGUGUGUUGAUGACCAAUGAGUUAAUUUGCUCACUGAUCAUAUCCCUUCCACAGAAAUGAAUGAAUAGAAUGGGCAUCCCCAUUCAAGUCAAUGAUGUCAAUGAUGGCAUAAUGGGUGGACUGGCAGCUAUUUUGAGUGUACCCAGGCCAGGAAGUAAAAGCAAGAAGUUUACCCUUCAAUAUGUGCUGUGAUUUGUUGAGUCAACUCAACUGACAUUGCAAAAAAUACACAGUAGUGGUGCGUGGGUAAAAUCACUGGGGAAUCCAAGCCAGGAAAAAAAGCUAUAUUAAAACCUAUGUGUUGUAAUAAUUGCGUUGUUUGCUCUAUAACCUGUUAGUUCAUAUGCCUUGUGACCGUGAUAUUUGACAGUAACAGUCAAAAGUUUCAGGGGUUUUUCUUUAUCUUUACUAUUUUCUACACUGUAGAAUAAUAGUGAAGACAUGAAAACUAUGAAAUAACACAUAUGGAAUCAUGUAGUAACCAAAAAAGUGUAAAAAACAAAUCAAAAUAUAUUUUAUAUUUGAGAUUCUUCAAAUAGCCACCCUUUGCCUUGAUGACAGCUUUGCACACUCUUGGCAUUCUCUCAACCAGCUUCACCUGGAAUGCUUUUCCAACAGCCUUGAAGGAGUUCCCACAUAUGCUGAGCACUUGUUGCUUUUCCUUCACUCUGCCGUCCGACUAAUCCCAAACCAUCUCAAUUGGGUUGAGGUCGGGGAAUUGUGGAGGCCAGGUCAUCUGAUGCAGGACUCCAUCACUCUCCUUCUUGGUAAAAUAGCCCUUACACAGCCUGGAGGUGUGUUGGGUCAUUGUCCUGUUGAACAACAAAUGAUAGUCCCACUAAGCCCAAACCCAAUGGGAUGGCGUAUCGCUGCAGAAUGCUGUGGUAGCCAUGCUGGUUAAGUGUUCCUUGCAUUCUAAAUAAAUCACAGAGCGUGUCACCAGCAAAGCACCCCCACACCAUAACACCUCCUGCUCCAUGCUUUACGUUGGGAACUACACAUGCAGAGAUAAUCCGUUCACCCACACCGCGUCUCACAAAGACACGGCGGUUGGAACCAAAAAUCUCAAAAAAUAAUUAUGUCAAUGAUGUUUGGCUUUGAAGCCAAAUCCAAACUGGCUUCCCUUUACAAAAAUUUUUGUGCGCCAGGACCAUUCAAAGCUGAGCUCACUCAGUUUAGCUCAAUGCUGAUUGGCUAUUAUUUAAUUAAAAAAAUAUAUCAAGGGAGGCCAAAUGCUCGCUGGCUUCUCUUACAUUCAAUCAAAGAGUGAUUCAAUGCUACGGGCGGCAACAAUGUCAUACUCGUUUUGACCAGACAGCAUCAGAUAGAUGGGCUACACAUACAGAGACAGAGGGGCGCUGUUUCGUUCGCUCGGAUGCUUUCACCGGUGAGAUACAUUAAGGCUCUUGUUAAUUGAAGGACAUUUAUGAAACACAGACAGACAAAAUGUUUGUAUGUUUUGUUCUUUUUUUCUUGAUACAUUUUUUGGGGAAGCUUGGCUGCCCUUCACAUCCACAAAUACACGCCACUGAAAAUACAUUUAAUUGCGUGAGCCACAUCAGUUAGCAUCAUUUAAUGAGAAAUUCUUCACUACCUAAUUAUACAUCUAGCUUAGGUGAUUUUUGGUGGUAGCAUUAGCUAGCUGGUGUCUGCUUGCUGGCUGAACCAGUCUCAAAUGAAUCCAUAUGAAACGAAAGGCAGGGAUGCUAACAAUGCCAGUUCACACAAGCUAGCAAACUAUCUACCGUAAACAAGUUUGCACUAGGCUGCUAGCUGGAGCAUGGUUUGCCGCAGUAGCCAGUGCGUCAUAGCUACCGAGAGCGGAGGGAUUUUUAGAGAUGAGUUCCACGUCCUACAUAAAAGAUCGGUUGAGGGACGAGCAUCACGUAGGAGUGACGAGAUCUGACGUAAGACAACGUAGUGUACCCAGGAGUCUACCAGUCAAAUUGCCAGGGUUAGAGCUUCCAAGCCCGUUCUAUUCAUUCUAUUUCUAUGAUCCCUUCUCUCUUCUCUCUCCUCUUUACCCAGGCUGGUGACUGGAAUCAAGUCGGUCAACAUUUCCAAACAGUCUUCUUGUAAGUGAAUGCCCUCGCACUCCACAGCUAUUCUGUUUCACUUAAUGCUUAGUACUUAUUGUACAUCGUACUUGUCAAAUAUCUGAGAUAAAUAAAUAACACAAAUCCAUGUUCACUUCAAUGACCCGACAUGUUCAUUUCCACUUCCAGCAAUGAACUACAACUCCUACCCCCUGGAGAGCAGUCGUCCCUACUAGCUGCCUCAGGGGCUCAAUGGGCGGAUACAAGAGCAGCAGCACUUACAUCAGUGGCCAUGAGAACAGACAUGUAGGCCGCAGCUUUGACCUGCCUGGCAGCAUCAUCCUGGGAGCUACCAGCAGAGAUGUGGAUGCCAGCAUCAGCCUGGGAGGCAGCAAAGGCACCAGCAGAGAUGUGGAUUCCAGCAUCACCCUGGGAGGCAGCAAAAGCACCAGCAGAGACAUGGAUUCCACCGUCACCCGGGGAGACGAAUGA